AUGCCUUAUUUUAUCCAUAUCAUUGUUGCUCUACAGUGUACGGUGUUUGGACCACUUGGUCAAGUUGGGGUGAUUGUGACGUCACGUGUGGAGGAGGGAAUCGUACGUAACCAUGUCAACGUUCCACUUGACGAGGCAACAAUCGCACACGCUAGUGUUCCUUACAAGACGUUAGCAACGACCAAUAAAACUGGUGGGUUUGUGUUGGUCACGACAUGUGAUGCUGUUGAACUUAUCAUCACCAGGGCUGGCUACGCUGACGUCACUGUCGCCGUUACAGAAAGCAGUGUUACGGUUCAGAUGUCGCUCAUAGCGUACCCUGCCAUAAGUAUGAAUCCAAAACCACGUGUUCGUGUCCAGGGAGAAAAUGUGACGUUCUGCUGCGAAGCCUACGGCAAUCCCGCCAUCUCUAACUACGAAUGGAUGAAGGACGGAGUAUUAAUUAACGAUUCAAAAUACCCGGAUGGAUUUAACUUGACACUAAAUGAUGUUACCACGAGCGAUAGUGGCCAGUACAAAUGUCGCGCCAACAGUCCUGUUGGGGCUGUGUACUCCUCUGCAGCUCUGCUCACAGUGAAAUCAUCACGGUCUGCGUUUUGUGAGGAAGCUUACGAGGAGAAAAAAAUAAGUCUUCCUUCCGAUUGCGUACAGGUUGAUGGCACAACUCUGUAUGAAGUUGGAGGAUGCGCCAAAAAGACAUGCCGUGGUGACAAUAAUGUGGAGGGGCUAUGUGGAACUGGUAAAAAAUUCUGCUGCCUUCCUUCUUCCGAGGAAGAACGGACGGUCCACUGUAAUGACUACAGCCUGAAGGUUAUCAUCAUCACAGGAUGUUCAUGUGGAGAAUGUUCGUCUACUGAUAUUACGAUACAGGGACAGGUGACGGGGCUGAAUACUGGCGUCAAAUUACGCCUCGGUACAAUAUACGUGAAUGGUUCCUCGGUUGCCAGGACUACAUUUUCUGGACUUUUUUCGUUUACCGUACCUGCCGGUACGUUGAGUGUAGCAAUGACUUUUGAGGACACAAUCUUCAAAACCUUACUGACCACUACACGACUGAUUACAUUUUCGGAUUCUAUGGAAGGACCAGUUUACCAGCAGAUUACAAUGAUGGAAGCUGCCCCUCCGAUCACCAUUUCCACAGAUGUUGAAAACACAAUUUCGAUGGGCAAUUAUAGCGGAAUGCCGGCCGUAUCAGAGGUGAUCUUACCAUCGAACUCAUUCGUGGACGAGUCGGGAAACCCUUAUAACGGAGUGGUGAAAGCUAGAAUCAACAUGUUUGAUCCUAGAAACCUGAGUAGUAUUUCAUCCGCUCCCGGAACGUUCGAAUCCAUCGAUGCAGAGGGUGAAACACAGGAUCUUCAAACAUUUGGCGUUAUCGUUAUGGAUUUUUCAGAUGAAUCUGGAAACAAAGUGAAUAUUGCUGGAAACGUUACCAUCAAGCUGGACGCUGCACUUGUUGAGAGCACAUAUUCUGGAAAUGUUACCGAUGUGAAGUUGUGGGGACUGAACUCCGCGACCGGGCAAUGGGAAGAGAUUGGACCCACAGUCGUGGAGACAUCAAAACGACGUAAGAGACAAACUGCGAAAAAUUAUCUCGUAGGACAAGUUCAAGUAAGUGCAUUCCAGGCAAUCAAUUUAGACUGUUAUAGAGGGUUCUCCAGAUGCUACUUCAGAACCGCCGUUACGGAUAAAAACAAUAUUCCCGUUAAUGGCUACACUGUACGAGUGAUGCACAUGACGUAUCCUGGAGAAAGGUAUCCUGGCAGCAACGCAGAAUAUGUCACAGCGAUCAAGGAAUCUUCGAGCAACAGUGAUGGGUGGCAAUAUACGUUUUGCCGUAGUGAUGCGUGGGGUUAUAUCCAAGCAUUUAAAAGUGGGAAAGAAUAUGAGCCAGGUAUUUCCAGUCUUAGUGGACUAGCACAGUCUGCUCGUUCCCGUCUGACUUAUGAAACAACAACGGACCCCCUUGCCGUAAAAACCAAAUUCCUGCUAUCUGGUGAUGGUCCAUUUAAGAAGUAUGGUUCGUUAACGUCAAUAAACAUGUUUAAUUUCUACCAACGUUCAACUUCGAACUUCGCCGAUUUUACUCUCUUGAAUAUCGAUCCAAUUGAAGCCUAUGAACGUUCCUCAAACACAGAUGACAUCGGACCGAAGUUGUGGUAUCCACACAAAAAAACUCUCGACAUGUCUGAUUUCACAAUCUGUAUGAUAAAAAUAGAAGUAACUGGCUCAUCUGCAAAUCUUUCUUUUUCAGUCAGAAGUAAGGCAGGCACAAAUAGCGGAAUAGAAGAUACAGUCUUGGGAAUUCGUCAGGAAUAUGUGGAGAACAGUGGAGCUUGUAUAGAGUACAAAUGCAGUGGCAAGUUUCCGUUAUUCAAAAACCUUAUUUCAUCAACUGGAUCUCAAAGUCAACACGAUUAUACCAAAGUAACAAUAACCCCAGUAGGACGAUUAUGUACUGUGUCAUGGGAAGGCGAAAUCAAAUCACAUGAUAUUAAUACUGGAUCAAGCAACAUCGGAACCGUAUCUCCUGAAUGGUUUAUUCCCGACACAGAAGAACAUGGGAUCUACAUAUAUGAGCAAACACUAAUGUAUGGUGCCGUGGAUUGGGAAAAUGCAAGGGAGACAACUCGGAACAUGUGCAAGAAAGGCGUCAAAAGUCCGUCAGAUGAAACCAACCCCAGCAUGAAUGCUGCCGUUGACCCUGCUCUCAGGUUUACGUGUAUCUAA